UCGGAAAUUGUUAAUAUGGUUAGGGUUCUUUCCCUCUUCGGUUCGCAUCUGUGCUCUGAUCCAUCCUCCAUGCCGAUUCCCUCAACUGUCUUGAAUUCUAUCCCAAUGACUGGUAAUGUACCUGUCAAGGUGGAACAUGACCCAGCAGCAUCAAUUUCAGUGUCUUUGCGAUCGAUAUCGUCCCAGCCUGUCAAAGGAGAGCCAGAUGAUCUUUCAAACGGUCAGCUUCCAUUGAUGGUGCCGUCAGUCUCUUCAGCGCAUGGAGAUGAUAAGCGUGCGGCUGAAAUUGCGAAAUCGGUGAGUGAACUCGGUAAUCUAGCUUUUGCUAUAAAUGCUUUCAAGAGCAGGUUUGAUGAAUUGCAAAAGCAUCUGGAUUUCAUCGACAAAGCCAUCGACACGAGGUCCAAAGAGCUUCCUCUUCCCUCCAAUACAACGCAGAAUACGGUGAUAGUGUCUUCUACUCCUUCGGCAGGAGGCAAUGUUCAUAGUACGGAACCUGUGAGUGCCCAGCCUACUCUGGUGAAGGAGAAUGCAUUGCAUUCGAAUCAGAAAUUGAAAGAGAAAACUGAGAAUGGGGACGGAGGUGGGUCCCUAAAUGAUGUUCUUUCACUUUGCCGAACGAUGUGCAGCCGUGGCCUCCGUAAAUAUAUAGUCUCAAAUCUAUCACAACCAGAGAAACUCCGUGAGCAAGUUCCCGUGGCGCUCAAGAGUGCCCCGAAACCAUUGAAACUCGUUUUUGAAUGCAUUGGGCGAUUUUUUCUCCAGGGAAGCAGAGCUUACAACAAAGACUCCCCCAUGAUUCCUGCUAGACAAGCUUCAGUUCUUGUUUUGGAAUAUUAUCUCUUGUCCGGUUGCACUGAUAAUGAGAAAGACAUUGAUCCUUCCUUGAAGGAAGAAGCUAGCUUGUCUGCAUCUGCCUGGAAGAAAAGACUGAUCGUCGAGGGUGGUGUUUCAAAGGCUUGUGAGAUUGAUGCAAGGGGUUUGAUUCUUUUCGUUGGUUGCUUCGGUAUUCCAGCUGGUUUCCGACACGAAGAGAUACGGGAUUUGAUUCGUUUGAGCAAUCCUAGGGAAAUUAUGCAUGCCCUUCGUCAGUCUCGUGGCCUUCUCAAGAAGGUUUCAGAUAUUACUGAUGGAUUGUUGAAGAAGGGCAUGGUUGUUGAAGCUAUUGACUUGGCAUAUAUAUUUGGAUAUGAAGAAAAACUUUCCCCUCAGACAAAUUUGACUUCAUAUUUGCAGAAGUCUGAAGAUUCUUGGAAGAAAACUAAGCAAGAAACUCGUGGUUCAGCUACUGCAUUGAAGCAAGCUGAUGAAAAAUACUUAGCUACUCUGAGGUCUGUAGUAAAUUGCUUGGAAGGUCACCAAAUUGAUCACGCAGAAUUUCUUCCUGGAUCGAAACUAAAGGAGAAGAUAAGCAAACUGGAAAAAGAUAUUGAUGAUGCCAAUAGAAAAAUCCAAGACAAGGUGGUGUCAAAGAGAAAAAUGGAUAAAAAUGAUUCUUCAAACAAAUUGAAGACUCCAGAAUCAAAGCGAUCAAGGUUGCAUUUAAAAGAUCCACCUCUAGUAUCAUCUCCACUCUCCUUUUUGCAUGAGCAAAGGACUAGUGGUAAUAUGGAUGGAAAUAGCUUGUAUGAUGGUUCAUUGACGGCACAUGUGCUGAGCAGACCCUCAAGUCAUUUAUACUCUCCUGCAUCAUCUGUACAACUUGGAUCUGCUGCAGGGCCUUUGCUGGAUGGUGUCUUUGGAGGUACAUUAGCAGCUGGGGCGGCAAGCUUAUAGGUGCUGCAAUUGGUGGCACAACUGCUUCAUUUUCCGCAUAUCACGGAGAUAUAGCAUUAGACAAUGUUGGGACAAUGCUGAAUACCAAUGACCAUCUUUACAGACGGCUUGGAAUAAGGGAAUCUGUAUUAUCUCACGAGAGGUCAGUUGGACAGCCUGCAUUAGCACGAGUAAGUAGUCUGUAUGGGGUCUCACCAUCUAUAGAGAGUUUUGCUGGUUUGCCAGAUCAUCCUUCUUUGGGUUCUACUAGUCGUAUUGGCGGCGCUGAUCUAUAUAGCUUUGCUGAUGCCAUUUACGAAGCGGACUCAUUCCAGGCCAGCAGUUCUGCUAAGGCCGCCAAUAUGCCACAUGUUCUUCCUGCCCAUGGGUCCUCAUACAUGUAUUAGAUAUACUCCAGGUCCUGAUGCAUCUCUUGAUCAGGGCAACUGGAAGCCUGCGCCAUCGCUAAACUUCUACACUGGGAAAAUUAGCCUUGGCAAACUGGCUGAGGAUGAUAUUUGUCCACACGAACCCGUUAACUGCAGUGUUGGCUAAACUAAAUCUGUCGCAGAUUUCUGUGGAUAUUGUGCUGAGCUGGUCUUCUGUCUUUAUUUUAGUUAUGUAUCCCCUAAGGGAACAAAGCUGUAGAUGAGUGCAAUGUUAAAACAUUUCUCAAAAGUUAUCCAUUUUAGAGUAUUUUGGUGUUACUGGGUAGUACAGGUUUUCUAACUUUAUACAGCCUGCUUAUUAUGUAAAUGAGAAUAUCUAAGUUCCUUGUAGCAGCCAAAUCUGUGGCCGGGGUUUCCUCCACUGUUUUGAUGAUUUGGCCCCGCUUGACGUUUGUAAUUCCAACUCAUUUUGAUCUCUCAAA